AUGUCCGAACGCAAAGUCCUCCAAAAGUACUUCCCUCCCGACUUCGACCCUUCCGUCCUCGAACGCCGCACAAAAACCAAAGACAAAACCGGCGCCCGCCAACUUCAAACCAUCCGCCUGAUGGCCCCAUUCAGCAUGAAAUGCACCGCCUGCGGCGAAUACAUCUACAAAGGCCGAAAAUUCAACGCCCGCAAGGAAACGACCGAGGAGAAAUACUACGCCAUCAGCAUCUACCGAUUUUAUAUCCGCUGUACACGCUGUAGUGCAGAGAUAACCUUCAAGACGGACCCGAAGAAUAUGGAUUAUACAUGUGAGCGGGGAGCGAGGAGGAAUUUCGAGGUGUGGAGGGAGGCGAAGUUGAAUGAGGAGACGGAGGAGGAGAGGUUGGAUCGGUUGGAGAAGGAAGAACAGGAGAGGGAUGUGAUGAAGGAGUUGGAGAAGAAGACGGAUGAUGCGAGGACGGAGAUGGCGAUUGCGGAUGCAUUGGAUAAUGUUAGGAUGCGGAAUGCUAUGCGGGAGAGGGUGGGCGGGGUGGAGAAUGCGUUGGCGAGUGGUGCGGAGGUGGGGCAAGGGGAGAAGGAUUUGGAGAGGGAGCGAUUGGAGAGGGAGGAUGGGGAGGCGGCGCGGGUGGCAUUUUUGAGCGCGACCGGGGAGAGGGUUAGGCGGUUGGAGGAGGAUAUUGAGGUGCAUGAUGUGGGGGAUGGGGGGAAUGGUGGAGAGGAUAAUGUGAGGAGGGUGGAUACUAGGGAGAGGAAAGGGCCGAGUUUGCUGGCGGGGAUCAAGAAGAAAGUGCCUGUACAACCUCCAGUACCGGCGGCGGCGCUGGUGGCGUAUGGUGAUGAUGACGACGAUGAUGAUUGA